AAGUGUUCGGAUAAUCUCGGAAAAAUGGUGAAAAUAUGAUGAUAGGAGCAAUGGUUAGAGGGAAGAUCGAGAUCAAAAAGAUUGAGAACGUGACGAGCAGACAAGUCACGUUUUCGAAGCGAAGGAGCGGUCUAUUUAAGAAGGCUCAUGAGCUUUCGGUUCUAUGCGAUGCACAAGUCGCCGCCAUUGUCUUCUCUCAGAGUGGAAGAUUACAUGAAUACUCUAGCUCCGAGAUGGAGAAGAUCAUAGAAAGAUAUGGCAAGUUUAGUAAUGCCUUGUAUGUGGCAGAGAGGCCCCAAGUAGAACGAUACUUGCAGGAGCUGAAGAUGGAAAUGAAUAGAAUGGUGAAGAAGAUUGAUCUUCUUGAAGUUCAUCACCGGUUCACACCUCACUAAUCCUAUGGUUACUCUAUCCAUUGUAUAUAACUAUUCUUUGUUUCAGUCCUAAAAUAUACUGAAAUUUGUUAU